UCGGCGACGGCAAUAGUUUUUUUUUUGGAAAGGAUUGCGUUAGAAAAAAAGCAGCAUCUGAAGUGAGUGGUGCAGUGCUUCUCUGCCGCAAGCUAGAAACGCAACGCGUUUAAAUCGAGUUCUGAAUUGCACACAUAAAUAAACAGGCGUGCAGCACGAUGAGUGUGUUGGCAUAUCCGCGUACAAAUGAAGAGGAGAUUUUUCGUCACUGCACAAAGGAUUGUGGUAUUGUAUCGGCCACCGAGGAUUUUCAGUAUUUUGCCCUACGUUGCGCUUCCUGCAGCGCCAAAUUUCAAUACUUCGAUGCAUUUAUUGGCCACAUGCAGACGAUGCAUCUGGAAGAUGUUUCACAACAGCAGCAUCAUGACCAUGACCGUGGUCUCCGUUUCAAUAUGGGGGUGGAGAUGGACACCGACGAGGCUGGUGAUAAUGAUGACACAAACUUUGAUGAGAUCGAAGACUUGACCGAUGCGGAUACUGCGCUACUAGUGCCCCAGAUGGUUAUCAAGCAGGAGAUUAGCGAGCUAGACAACAGCAGUGACGAGGCUGUUGUGCCAGAUCAUGAUGUUGACGAUGACAAUGAUGAUGAAGUAAUACUGCCCGAAACUACCAUACCCCCAGGGAGCGCGCGCCUAAAUGUCUCGGCUCCACCGUCCCAACCAUCGGCCGACAGACACUUUUAUCCAAACGACUCUUUGCGUGGAGACGGCGACUCAUCUGUAGAUGGUGAUGGUGAUCAAAGCUAUAUGGAUGAUAAUUCCGGCGAUUAUGCCGAAUACAACAACUACGGCACCUCCAACAACUCUGGUACCCACAACGACUAUGACGAAAUGGUCGAAGAAUCGCUGUUAGGGCGCGACAGGGAGCUGACCAUGCACAUAAAGGAUCGCAAAAUGAUACAAUUCCUUAUACAAUCUUACAAACGCAAUCCCUUCCUAUGGGAUCACAGCCACGCUCAGUUCCGCGAUCGCGUCAAGCGUGGCCGCUUCCUUGACUGGAUUGUGCUGGAGUUUACGAGUCGCUUCAACAUUUCACUAGCAAAGGACGCCAUUACUCGAAAGUGGGACAAUUUACGAACUGUCUACAAGCGUGAGUGCAAUCGCAUGGCUCUGGAAAAGACCAACAUCAGCACGUUGUGGUAUUUCAAAGAGCUGCAUUUCCUCAACGAGGUCUACAGCUACAAUUCAAAAAUGUCCGAUGCGGUUGUCAAGGAAACCUCAUACCGUCGCCGCUUUUCAGCCAUUUGGAAUGACACUUCAACAGCAAAAUUGCUGAGUAUGGUGAAACGUUAUCAAUGCUUCUACAACCGUUUCGAUCCGGACUAUCGCAGCAAAGAGCGACGUGGCGAAGGCCUGCAACAGAUGGCCCUGGAGCUGCAGCAGAUGAUCGAUGUCACAACUAUACAGAUCUCCAAGCGUAUCUCACAGCUGCGUUUUGAUUACUCUAAGCAGAAGGUGGAACGUCUAAACUGCGAGCGUAUAGGUCGCAAAUUUAUACCGAACUACAUCUACUAUGAUCAAAUGCAUUUCAUGGAUGACGACAUACCGCCCUUUAAGUGCCAGCAGUGUCCAGAGAUCCUUCAGACGUUACGAGAACUCGAUCUGCACGUCCAUCAGCCCAGCUUUGGAGGAGGCUACUAUUGCAAUUUAUGCAAAAUACAAUUUCAUACAGCCGGCGAGUUCGACAAUCACAAGCACAUGCACGGGAACUCGAGCAGCGAGAUUAAGUUCAACUGUGAGCUGUGCACUGCAAGCUUCCGCGAGAAAUCCAACUACGAUGAGCAUGUUCGUCGCCACAAUGAGGAGCUAUUGUUGCCCUCCCUGGCCAUGAGCAACAGCGGGGAAACUCCCAAUCAAGUCGUUGGCGACGAUGAGAAUCCUUCUGCGCUCAACGAGAUGUACAUGUCCGAGCCACCGAAACCAUUUCCCUGCGAGGUGUGCCAUCGCUCCUUUGCCUCGCCCGGACAUUUGAACGCCCACAUGAUUGUGCAUCAAGAUGAUCGGGAGCGUACCUAUAAGUGCGACUAUCCACAGUGCAACAAGUCGUUCAUGUCGCGCCACAAUCUCUUCGAUCACCUGAAGCAGCACUACAACAGUGAAGAGUUUAAAUGCGACAUUUGCGGAAAGACCUUUAAGUCCACAAAGAAUCUACAGAAUCACAAGCAAAUCCACGACAAGAUCAAGCGUUAUAUUUGUCAGAUAUGCGGAUCUGCUUUCGCUCAAGCCGCUGGCCUUUAUCUACACAAGCGUCGUCACAAUCGUUCCGGUGGUGGUCCAGUAGGCGGUGGUGGACGUGGCUCGCGCAAUUCACUCUGAACGUAGACUGGUGAGUGGGAAGAGGUGACCAAUUAGUGAGAGCUGCGAUUUGUAGGUAGUAGAUCUAAGAAAAUGCAGCAAUGCAACGUCCUCCAUAAUAGCAGCUCUAAUCUUAAUUAUGUUAAUAGAAACAUACACACAUAUUGCAAUAAUUCUGCAUUUUCCGCGAGACUAUCACUGUACUUAACAAGGAUCAUUCAGCAAUGCAUCAUUGAGAUUCGGAAGAUCAUUUUUGAAUGUUUAUGGAGUACUUCUUACAUAUAUACAACAUACAUUUGUACAUAUAUUAAGUACUUUUCAUCCAUUUAUUUAGUUUCCAGGCACUCUCAUUCUAACACACAGCGAAGAGUAGAAAGACGUGCCAUCUCUUUUGCACGCAUUCCUCCCAAACACUUAAUGUUAGUUUUUGUUGCCUUUAUUUAAUUACUCUAUCUUUUGGUUGGUUGUUGGCUGAUAACAGCAACAACUACAACACAGACAAUUUAAAGACAUUCCCCGAUUUGUGUGCUAGAUCAUGUGGCCAAUAAAAAAGGAGCUAAAAUUGCAGCCUUCUAUUAGAUAAUUACAAUAUAAGAUUUAAUUACUUACGCACACACACGCAUUCCAACACUUCAUACUAGGAAAAUGCUAAAGAGAAAGGGAGACAGGCGGAGAAGACGAAGAACAGAAAAAGUAUUCAUAAAGUAUUUUAUGUACAAUUAUUUACUUAUACACAACAAAAAACAGGCGCCCUUAACACAAUUUGCUGCCAACUGUGCGUGAACGAACAACAAACAUUCAUACAUACAUAUGUACAAACAUACACAAAAAUUUGUCCAUAAGAAUGUAUGUACAUUGUAUGCAUGUAUGAAUGUAAUCCAAUGCAGGAAACUACAGUUACUAUGCUCAAGUCGAUAAACCCACGCCUUCUAAAUCAUUUAUGCGAAAUCAAGCGCAUACUUACUCUUAAGUAUUUUUUUACGAACGACUGAUCUAAGAAAAGUUAUAAAUAAAUACAAAUGUACAUGCCAUGCUGAAGCAAACAAACAAAUUAAUCAGAAACGCAUUGCAUUUGAAUAAACAUAGACCACGACAUCAACAAGAAAUAUAAAAAUAUAAUUAACGAGUGGCAGCAACAGCAAUUAAAUAUUAAUAAGUAUUGUACCUACAUACAUUUAGCACAAUUGGCAACACUGCAUAUACAUACAUACAUACUUAUAUAAGUUUUAUGAAUUAAAUAAAUAAUUUCUUGUAUCCAUACUCAUAUGUAUUAAGUAACGUCCGGGCGUAACCUUUGUAUUUAUAUUCUUCAAUUCAUCCAAAUGUUGUAUAAAAAGAACUAAACAUAAACAUCUUUUCCACAUUUUAUAGGAAAUGCGCUUCCACAUAGGCAUACAUACAUAGUACAUAGGCGCACAGUUCUUAAUAUUUAAAAACCCUAUCUGUAUCUGUAUACCAUAGUUCAAUGAAUUAUUUAUGAAACAAUAAUUUACCAUAAGCUCUGUCUUAUUAUACAAAUGUAAAUUUCAAGAAAAUUAAAUAACACAUUCAUGAAA